AUGGUUCCUCCUCGUCAGCGGGCGAAUAUUUCGAAAGAUAAAUUCUCCGCCUACUUCAGCAAUCUCCGGACAACUCCAUAUCAUGACCCAUCUUCUAGAGGAUCUGGUUCUCACGGCAUUCGGUCUAUUGCUUGGAAUCCAUUGGGUACCUUGGUAGCCACCUGUGCUGAUAAAACACUUCGGGUGUGGAAUCCAGAAAAGUCAAAUGUUCGCUACUCAACAGAACUCAAGGGCCAUGAGAAGGCUAUUGAAAAAAUCGCGUUCAACCCAGUGAAGGAGGCCGAGCUGUGCAGUGUUAGUGGCGACGGUGUUGUGAAGUUCUGGGAUGUUAGAACUAAAGCCAUCAUAAAUGAGGUCAAGGAUCUCGGUGAUGCAUUUACGCUUGCUUGGGCUCCAGAUGGAGAGUCUUUGAUAGUAGGAAACAAGGCGGACAAGCUUUUUGUACUAUCGCCAACUUCGCCUACUCCAACCGCUUCGUAUCAACAGGAUGUUCAAACCAACCAGAUCGUGUUCUGUUUCAGCGGCAAAAAGAUAUUUUUGACAACUGGCGAAGGAUCAGUCAAAAUCCUCUCAUACCCAGACUUUGAGCCGGUGUUCUACUCAAGUUACGAUCCGGCCACUCCUUUUACCCUCCUCGGCCAUACUUCGUCAUGUAUCGCCAUCGAGUUACAACCCACGGCUCGUUUCCUCGCUACCGGAGGAACAGAUUCCAUCAUUGCACUAUGGGACACCACGGACUGGAUCUGCCAGAGAACACUGGUCGACAUGACUGGUCCCGUCAGAAACAUCAGUUUCAGUUUCGAUGGAAGUUACAUCAUUGGUGGUAGCGAAGAGGGAGGAGCUUUGGAAAUUGCCCAUACUGAGACAGGUGACCAUGUACACACCAUCAAGACUGGAGGCUCUUGUUCCGUGGUAGCUUGGCAUCCAAGUAGGUAUUGGCUGGCAUAUGCUGAAGGCGGAAGCUUGAGAAUCGUUGGAGUAGACCCGGAGAAGAGAUAG